AUGAGCUCGCUUAGGGAACCUCUCGGCCUCUUGAAGGCGCUACUAGUCCGCAUCCCGCUAAUCCUCAAGACCAUCCUCCUGCAUGGCAUUCAACUGUCCCCCGUCAAGGGGAAACAGGAUAUGCGCACCGAAUUAACCGUCGCAAUUAUUCGCUCAUUCAUAGGAACAAAAGCUCCACUCGGCAAAAUCCAAAAACAAGGCCUACGCGACCCCGGAGUCAAGGGCCCCAUGUGGGUGUCCAAGGUGACCCUCCCGCAGCCCGAGAUCGAGGUGCGCGAUGCAGUACUACGGGCAAUUGAAUAUCUCAAGACCGGCGAUGAGACAUACGAUCUUCCCGCAACUGUCGCUGUCGAAGCCGAAUGGACCGGUCACCGCGCCGGAGUUGGAAAGAAAACACCAGAGCCCGAUCUCUCAGAAGAGGAGAAAUACCAUAAGCUGCGCGAGGAAUCGCCGUCUGAUAUGACGAUCUUGUAUUUCCACGGAGGGGCCUAUUUCCUUUUAGAUCCCUACACCCACCGCGUCCCUGUCGCACACCUAUCCCACUUGACCGGCGCUCCCGUCUUCUCCGUCAGAUAUCGUCUCGCUCCUCAAAACCCAUUCCCAGCCGCACUUGUCGACGCCUUAACAGCAUACCUCUCACUCCUCCAUCCCCCUCCGGGUUCCCUCCACAAACCCGUUCCAGCGAACAAGAUCAUAUUCGCCGGCGAUUCCGCAGGUGGGAACCUCUCCCUUGUCCUCCUUCAAACACUCUUGACCCUCGAGCGCGCAUCCCACACAAUCCGCUUCCAUGGUGAAGAUGUGCCCAUCGAACUACCCGCAGGCGUCGCAAUUAUCUCCCCAUGGUGCGACGUGACGCGCUCAAUGCCAUCUACCAGCGGCAAUGCACACCUUGAUUACCUCGAGGCACCGCUUGUACCCUCUGACGACCCAACUGUUAAAACUCUGUUUACCCCGCUGCCUUUCGCGCCAGACGAUAUAUGGCCCACGUCCCCGCCUCGUGCUGACAUCUACUGCAACGCCAGCAUGCUGAGCCACCCAUUAGUGUCUCCGCUCGCUGCCCCGGCUGAGCUGUGGAAGAACGCACCGCCUAUUUGGAUCUCAACUGGCGAGGAAGGUCUCACGGACGAGGGUCUUAUUGUAGCGCGCCGCGUCUACCAGGCCGGUGUGCCCCUCGUUGCGGAGAUGUUCGAGGGUAUGCCGCACUGUCACGGUCUCCUUAUGCUGAACAGGCCAUCUAGCCAUCGUUUCUUCGAGAGCUUGGCUGGGUUCUGUCGUGAUGCUGUUGCCGGCCGGGUUGUGUCGACCGGGAAUCUCACCUGGUUGGGCUUCAAGCUGCAGUUGAAAAAGGAGAUCCCGAUUGAAAAGGCCUGUGAAAUCAGUGAUGAGCAGGUUGUGGCACUCAUGCAGAGAAUUUCUGCUUGGAAGCUGGAGGGAGAGAUCGAAAUACGGAAGCAAUGGCGUGCGAAAGCGCGGUUGUGA